AUGACCCUCAUCGACUCAGCGCUAGCCAAGGAUCUCAACGUCCCUAUCCACAAGAUCAAGCCUAUCCCCAUCAGCGGCAUCAGAUCACAGCAUAUUUCGGAUACAUAUGUUAAGCUAACCCUCCAAUUCUACAGGCCUAAAGCCACAGCCGAAGUCCACGCAGAAGCCUACCUUGUCGACGGACUACACACAAAACUCUUGCUUGGAAUCAAUGUCAUGGGCGCCGAAGGCUUCAAAUUGGAUUUCGAACAGAGACAAGCUACAAUCACCUCCUGCCAGGACACAGUUUUCCCUAUAGGCCUGCAAGCUAAGCUAAAUCAUGUCGCAACAAGGCCAGUCUAUGCGGCUGUCUAG